AUGGCAAAAGGAUUGGCACUCGCCCGCAUCUUCCAUCGAGUCGGACACAAGGUCAUUGGAGCGGACUUUGCCUCAAAUGGCAUAUCGGCCAGUGGCAGAUUUUCAAGGGCUUUGUGUGGAUUCUAUACGUUGACCAAGCCUGUUGACAAGGCCAGCUCAGAACAGUAUGUGCAGGAUCUUAUCGCAGUCACAAGGAAAGAAGGGGUAGAUCUUUGGGUGAGCUGCUCUGGAGUUGCGUCUGCUGUGGACGAUGGGAUUGCAAAAGAAGUGGUAGAGAGGCAUACCAAAUGCAAAGCGAUUCAGCAUGAUGCCGAGACUACACGAAUGCUCCACGAGAAGUACACCUUCAUCGAGGAGACGAGAAGCCUGGGGUUGACUGUUCCAGAAACGCACAUUGUGACUUCUCACGAGAGUGUAAUGGCUAUUCUGCGGGAUGCCGACAAGAAGAGAUAUAUUAUGAAACCAGUCGGAAUGGACGAUGCGAAUCGAGGAGAUAUGACACUUCUUCCUCGCGCUACAGCAGAUGAAACAAGCCGGCAUUUGUCGAAUCUCGCCAUCUCGGAAGAUCAACCAUGGGUGCUGCAGCAGUUUAUUCGCGGAGGAGAGUAUUGCACGCACGCACUAGUCAUCAACGGCCAUGUUGAAGCGUUCGUUGCCUGUCCAUCCGCAGAGCUGCUCAUGCAUUACGAAGCCCUCGAUGCAGGCUCGGCGAUAAGUCAGGCAAUGCUUCGGUUCACUCAAGAGUUUGUUCGGAGAGCAGAAGGAUCCAUGACAGGCCAUCUUUCGUUCGAUUUCUUGGUUCAAUCUAAUGUGACGAAGAAGGGCUCCGAAGAUAUUUUGUAUCCCAUUGAAUGCAAUCCUCGAGCGCAUACUGCUGUUGUGUUGUUUCGGGGCUUAGACACCAAGCUUGCUGAGCGGUACCUGCUCUGUCUUUCUCCAGGCGUCGUUUCAUUGAACGGCCAUGAUAAUACACCUCUGAUUCCACGUCAACCGCUACAAUAUUAUUGGGUUGGCCAUGACUUGGUCAGCUUGAUUUUACAACCUUUAUUUCGCUUUUCGACAGGCACUGCUCGUACGGGCGACACGUUUUAUGGCGUUGCUCUCUUCUUGCAACGGCUGGCCACGUGGAAGGACGGCACGUAUGAAGUUUGGGAUCCAUUACCAUGGUGGUGGUUAUACCACGUGUACUGGCCGGGGCAGUUUCUGAGCGCCAUCCUGCAGCGGCAGAAAUGGAGCCGGAUUAAUGUGAGCACGACCAAAAUGUUUGCUUGCUAG